AUGAUCGCCCUUGCAGCUGCAUGCAAUUCUAGUAUUUCUGCAGUUGAUCGCACGAGGGUCUUACUGUUGAAGAAAAACCUUUCAAUCCGAGAGUUUUCGGUUGAGCCUGCUACUUCGGACACCGCAUUGAUCCUAUGUCGACUGCUGACAUGCAUUUCUCAAUGCACCGAAGACUGGGGAACCGCUGCGAUGCACAUGAAAAAUGGAAGGAAGAUUCUCAAGGAAGCGUGCCUCAACCGCCCUUAUCAAACAGAUUUAAUCAGAUUGAUGGCGCCCACAUUACUCGGGAUCUCUUCAGAUGCAAGUGAGGAUAGCGAAAUUGUCGGACAGAUGAAGUACGACAAACGACAAUCUUUCACGUCUCUGGUAUUCAUCCGCAAGCAAUAUGGACAAUUAUUGACAUCUCUACAUAAAGCCGAUUGGCCAUUUGUUGACACCGAUACGAACGCCCUGUUGCUCCUAGGCUGGAGCACAGUGACAAAAGCCAGUAACUCAAUGGCAUUUCCAGAGAUCUUUAAUGUCGCGUCCGACGAUCCUCUCAUUCCUGCGGCGCAAGUUCGAGCCGCUCUACUGACUGAGGGGAGACUCCUGUCUCUCGACCAACUGGUAGCUCUAUGCUUAAGAUUGUUUCGCCACGGCAGUGAUAUAUUCGUCGACUGUACAUCAAGAGACUGGAAUAUUCUCGGAGACUGGAAAUCCGACUUCAGGCUGGUUGUGGACAAUUAUGUUGCUCAUGCGAUAGAUGUCGAACCCCGGACAAUCGCAGGCACUUUCUGGCACUCAGAGAGAUUCUAUUCUCACUGUACAGUGGAGAGACACUUCAGGGAGAUGGGUGAGAGCAGUGACGACGUUGACUAUAAUAACCAGGCUUCAGAUUUCAACCCAUCCAAUGGUUCAGUGAACGAAUCGGUAGAUGACAGAAAAGGAUAUUACCUCGAGCAUGUGUGCCCUUACCGCAGCGGAUUUACACCCGCUUGGUACAGUUGA